AUGCCGUAUGAGAGUCUUGAAGAGCUAAAGAUCAUAUUUAAUGGUGACCAAAAUUUUCAGAGGAUGUGUGAAGCAGCUGUACGGACGAAAAUGGUUGAUGUGUUUCUCGAGGAAGAUGAUGUUAAUGAUGAUGCUUCUCAUGCUAAUGAGACCGUGGGAGAUGCGCUUCUCAUGCGACAUGGAGAGAUCAGGCUGGAGCAGACGUUUGAUGCCAUCACUGAGUUCAAAGAAGCCAUUGUCGAUUAUGUGCUUAAAACAAGACGGAAUGUGAAGUUCACUAGAUGGGGAUCCGAAAAAUCUGAAGUGAGGUGUACAAUUGGUGAAGGUUGUCCUUUUAGGAUAUAUUGUUCGUAUGAGAAACCAAUAAAAUUGUUCAUGGCUAAGUUCUGCAAUGAUGAGCAUUCUUGUGACAAGGACGGGUUUACCAAAGUGGUGAAGGACGGUGUAAUUGCAAAAUUGUUCUUGAAUGACUUUAGAAGAAAUCCUGAUUUGAUGCCACAAGCAAUGCAACAAACUCUUGAGGACCGAUAUGACUUGGUUGUGACACAUAACCAGUGUAGAAAAGCAAAGGGGAAGGCUUUAAAGAUGAUUCAAGAUGAAGACGAUGAGCAAUUUGCAAGGUUCAGAGACUACGAAACAGAGCUGUUGAGAACUAAUCCAGAGUCGACUAUUGAGCUUGGGACAGUGGCUGGAGUUGAAGGAGUUGAUUUAUUCGAUCGUUUCUAUCCGUUGGAAGAGAUGCAAACAAUCAGCUCUAUCCAGUUGCUUGGGGCAGUUGUACAAGUGGAAAACACAGACAAUUGGGUAUGGUUCAUUGCAAAACUCAAAGCUGACCUUGGUAUUGGUGAUGGAGAAGGAUUCACGCUAAUACCGGAUAGGCAGAAAGGUUUGCUUAUUGUUGUGGAUCAAGAGCUUCCUAAGAUAGAACAUCGUAUGUGUGCUCGCCAUAUAUAUGGCAACCUUACAAGAGUGCAUCCGGGCAGGGCAAUAAUGAAGAAGAUCUUUUGGAAAAUUGCAAAGGCAUACACGGUUGCUGAGUAUGAUGAAGGAAUUGAAGAAAUGAGGCAGUCUGUUCUUGGUGUUUAUGAAACAUUAAUGGAAAAAAAUCCUCAGACUUGCAGCCGUGCUUACUUCACGGGUACAGCAUGUUAUGAAGUUGUUCACAACAAUUUCUCGGAGACAUAUAACAACACAAUCAACACAGCAAGAGAGAUGCCUUUAGUGGAGAUGCUUGAGACAAUAAGGCGUCUAGCUAUGGUACGCACUGAUUUACGGAAGGAAAAAAUGAAGAAACACAAGGGGAAAUACAGUAAGAAAGUGGCAAAAACCAUUGAGGAAGAGUCAAAACACAAAAAUAAUUGUCGAGCAGUUGCUAGAGCUAAUGGGCAGUUUGAUGUGCGUGAGAAUAAUCUUGGCCAUAGUGGCCAUAUGACAAGAAGGACAUGUACAUGUCGGAAGUGGGAUAUGACCGGCAUUCCAUGUCGCCAUGCUCUACGAGUGAUCAUGCUUCAUGCAUAUGAAGUGGAAAUCUGA